CACCGAGCUGCAGCUUUCCUCCGACUGCGGGUUUGUGCGGCGCCUGGGUGCCUGGCAGCCGCCUCUACGCCGUCCCGCGGGCCGGGCAUGGGCGCCGGCGCCGGCAUCAUGAGUGUUCUGGGCAGCCCUGUCCGCGCCUACGACUUUCUGCUCAAAUUCCUGCUGGUGGGCGACAGCGACGUGGGCAAGGGCGAGAUCCUGGCGAGUCUGCAGGACGGCGCGGCCGAGUCCCCAUACGGCCACCCGGCGGGCAUCGACUACAAGACCACCACCAUCCUGCUGGACGGGCGGCGGGUGAAGCUGCAGCUCUGGGACACGUCCGGGCAGGGGAGGUUCUGCACCAUAUUCCGCUCCUACUCACGGGGCGCACAGGGCGUGAUCCUGGUCUACGACAUCGCGAACCGCUGGUCCUUCGACGGCAUCGACCGCUGGAUCAAAGAGAUCGACGAGCACGCUCCUGGUGUUCCUAAAAUCCUGGUGGGGAACCGCCUGCACCUGGCCUUCAAGCGGCAGGUGCCCACGGAGCAGGCCCAGGCCUACGCGGAGCGCCUGGGUGUGACCUUCUUCGAGGUCAGCCCUCUGUGCAACUUCAACAUCACCGAGUCCUUCACGGAGCUGGCCAGGAUCGUGCUCCUGCGGCACGGGAUGGACCGGCUCUGGCGGCCGAGCAGGGUGCUGAGCCUGCAGGACUUGUGCUGCCGUGCGGUGGUGUCCUGCACGCCUGUGCACCUGGUGGACAAGCUCCCACUCCCCAUAGCCCUGAGAAGCCACCUGAAGUCCUUCUCCAUGGCCAACGGCCUGAAUGCCAGGAUGAUGCAUGGCCGCUCCUACUCCGUCACUGCCGGCUCCGUCCACAAGAGGAACGGCCUUCGCAGAGGCAAGGCCGCCCGGCCGCCCCAGAGCCCGCCCAAGCGCUGCACCAGAAACAGCUGCAAAGUCUCCUAAGGGAGGCUCAGGAGAGGCGCCUGCCAGACCCUCUGGGAGAGGCUGCACCGGGGCUGGGAGGCCAUCCCAGAUCGGACUGG